AUACCAUAAAGUUUGGCAACAGCAGCCGAGAGUACGUAUUGUUGCAUGAGAAUUCUACUAAGUAAAUGAAAUCAGAGUCAAGAUAUAUAACCAGCUUAUGUGUAUCAUUUCUUCUGUGCUGGUGAGGUAUAGCUAUUUGAUUUUCUUUGUUAACAAGUUCAAGUUGGUUAGAAUUAGAUCAUUAAAUAACCCCAAAGCAUAUGAUUAGCCCAAUAUUUUAAACAGAAAAACAAUUAACCUCUAAUUCUGAAAUUAAUUUAAUCAGAGUUAGAGGGUCACCACCUCUAUAUAUCCGCAACUCUCAAAAUCCAUCACGUCCUCAUCACUACACAUAGAAAGAGACAAACGCUAAACCAUCACAUAAACAAGACAUUUUACCAAACCUAUUUCUUGUCUUGUGUCUUCUAUCUUCACCAUGGAAGACAAGAAGUCCAACAAGAUCAGAGAGAUCGUUAAGCUUCAACAGAUCCUCAAGAAAUGGCGCAAACAAGCGAUUGCAUCAAAGGCAGCCAAAAACAACACCACCGAAGAGAACAACAACAGUGGCGGAGGUAGCAAGAGCAUCAAGUUUCUGAAGAGGACACUGUCAUUUACAGAUGUAACAGCUGUGCCUAAAGGGUAUCUAGCUGUCUCGGUCGGGUUAGAGAAGAAGAGGUACACAAUACCAACAGAGUACCUUAGCCACCAAGCAUUCUAUGUUCUUUUACGUGAGGCAGAAGAAGAGUUCGGGUUUCAACAAGCCGGUCUCUUGAGGAUUCCGUGUGAAGUUUCUGUUUUCGAGAGCAUAUUGAAGAUAAUGGAGGAGAAGAACGAAGGGUACCUGGUGAAG